AUGACUAAGGGUACUCAAGCUUUCGGAAAGAAGCACGUCAAGUCCCACACGCUCUGCAAGCGUUGCGGGCGCUCGUCAUUCCAUAUCCAAAAGAAACGUUGCGCUUCAUGCGGAUAUCCAGAUGCCAAGAAGAGAACCUACAACUGGGGAGCCAAAUCAAUCCGCAGACGCACCACAGGAACUGGCCGCACCCGCCACCUCAGAGACGUCAACAGACGCUUCAGGUAUGUUUCUUUUAAUAUUGAUUUAUUUAAUUUCCAACAGAAAAUAAUUAUUUAACUAAUUGGAUCCGAAUCGAGUUAUUCAUAAGAUGUUAGUUAAGCAAAAAUAAAUUUCAAAGUUUUUCAGUGUGAAAAUAGAUCUAGACCAAGUUUUGAAAAACUGGUAAUUUGUUAUGCGAUUGAAACGCCGACAUGAGAAUUUUUAACGCGUUCGAUAUUUUUUGAAGUGUAUUUGAUAGAUUUCUGAAUCUUAAAUCUUGCUUCAAUGUUUUCUGCAUCAUCAAUAUUUAAGUAGGAGGAUAAUUGUAAAUGGCACCGAACAAAAAUCUUCGAUUGCAAAUUAUUGAAUUUUCAACCAUUUCAAAUUUUCAGAAAUGGAUUCCGUGAGGGAACAACUCCAAAGCCACGUGCUACUGCCGCCAACUAA